CUCUCUCUCUCUCUCUCUCUCUCUCUCUCUCUCAUGGAUACCUUCAUCAACCGCUCAGAUUUCACCACCAGUGGCCCACACGACAGUUCCUCCCCAACAUGCAGUACUACCCGUCGGGCAGCGUCGGACGAGGAAAUAUACACCACCGUCGCAUCGACCGGUCCGAAGCGGCGGGCCGGCCGUACCAAGUUCCGGGAGACACGCCACCCGGUCUACAAGGGCGUGAGGCGCCGGAACUCCGGCAAGUGGGUUUGCGAGGUGCGAGAGCCGAACAAGAAGUCGCGGAUAUGGCUUGGAACGUUUCCGACACCGGAGAUGGCUGCACGGGCUCAUGACGUGGCUGCCAUAGCUCUCAGAGGCCGCUCUGCCUGCCUCAACUUCGCCGACUCUGCAUGGCUCCUGCCCGUGCCGGCAUCUACCAAUGCCAGAGACAUACAGAAGGCUGCUGCAGAAGCUGCGGAAGCUUUCCGCCCUCCAUCGCACUCCGAAGCAGUUACUGGCAGCAGCGACUACGCAAGACCGGAGAAUGUGACUGUUCCGCCGGAAGUGGAUGUGUUUUACAUGGAUGAGGAGGCUGGCACGCCGGGGCUGAUUGCGAACAUGGCGGAGGGAUUGCUGCUUUCUCCACCUCCUUAUGAGGGAAGUGGGUCCCAGUGGGAUGAUGAUAUGGAAGAUGAUGCUGACGUGUCACUGUGGAGCUACUCUAUUUGAGUGUUGCAGGAUGUGAGGUACUGUUAUAUGGUUGACGUGCCCCGUUUUUUUGUGUUGGUACGGACGGAGAGUUUCCUUCCGAUAUGUAGAUAGUGGAUUGUAGCGGAGUUACAGUUAUUACAGUUGGCAGUUGCAAUUAUU